CUGCAGGCUGGGCUGCCCCUCCCUUCCUCCCUUGGCCUCCUCCUGCAGCCCGGAUAUCAAAGGCUGCAUUGUGUGUUGAGCAGGCCUUGGUCCCUCGUGUGCCAGGGAGGAGGCGGGAGGAGGAACACCGCUGGGAGGUGUCCCCUCCCAGAGCUCUUCUGGCCGGUGUUCCCAGGGGCCUCAGCCCCGGGAGGAUGGUGCACACAUGGGUGGCUGCUUCUGCAUCCCCGGGGAGCGAAGUCUGUCCUGGGGUCUAGGUAAAGAAACUUCUUCCAAGGAUCUAACCAUAUCAAGUGAGUGUAUAUCUUCAUCUGAAUACAAGGAAAAAUGUUUCCUGCCACAGAACAUGACUCCAGAUCUGACACUCUCCUUCUGUGUGAAGAGCCGCUCCAGGAGAUGCGUAAAUGGACCCUUGCAGGAAGCUGCCCGGAGGCGGCUCUGGGCGCUGGAGAAUGAGGACCAGGAGGUGCGCGCCUUGUUUAAGGAUCUCUCGGCAAGAUUGGUGAGUAUCCAGUCCCAGAAGGCCCAGUUCCUCAUCACCUUCAAGACCAUGGAGGAAAUCUGGAAAUUCUCCACCUACCUGAAUUUAGGCUAUGUGUCCAUGUGUCUGGAGCAUCUCCUCUUUGAUCAUAAGUACUGGCUCAACUGCAGAUUGGUGGAUGAUACAGAGGUCCAAGUGUCUGUGGAUGACAAGCAUCUGGAAACCAUGUACCUGGGGCUCCUGAUACAGGAAGGGCUUUUCUCAUUAUCUGCAGGCCACUUCUUCUGCAGAGCCAUGUGCUCCGUGGCUCAGCCAGCUGAGAAGGAAGGAGAGUGUCUGACACUUUGCAAGAAUGAGUUAAUCUCCGUGAAGAUAGCAGAAGGCGAGUCUGAGUGGGAAGGCGUGUCCUUGGUGACUGGUCAGCGAGGCCUGGUGCUGGUGUCAGCCCUGGAACCCCUGCCUCUCCCUUUCCACCAAUGGUUCCUAAAGAAUUAUCCAGGAAGCUGUGGCCUUCCCGGGAAGAGGGAUUGGACAGGCUCCUAUCAGAUCGGCAGAGGACGAUGUAAAGCCUUGACGGAUUAUGAACAGGAAGAAGUGGAUGAACUGAGUGUCUGCCAGGGGGAAAGCAUCGAGAUCAUUGGCUUUGUCAUCCCUGGGCUUCGAUGGUUCCUUGGAAAGUCAAUGAGCUCAGGAGAAGUGGGCUUUGUCCCCUCCAGGAACAUAGAUCCUGAUUCUUAUUCUCCAAUGAGCAAGCACUCUGCCUUUUUCAGUGAGGAGGAAAGAUGCUCUCUUUGGGUCCUGGGAAAUGACCGGAAGACUGAGUGUGCCAACUUCCUCCACAUGCUCGCUCACACUGAUAUCACCUCUGUCUACCGGCUUAGUGGGUUUGAAUCCAUCCAGAAUCUUCCAAAUGACCUGAGUGCAUCCCAGCCUGAAGGCUUCAAGGAAGCCAGGCCUGGAGGAGCCUGGGAAGAGCAUCGGGCCAUGGGCUCCAGACAGUCCAGCAGCUCUGAGGACUCCAGCCUGGAGGAGGAGCUCCUCUCGGCCGCCUCAGACAGCUAUCAUCUGCCAGAGCCUGAUGACCUCGAUGACCCAGAACUGUUUAUGGACCUAAACACUGGCCAGGAGGAAGAGGAAGCUGAGAACUUUGUCCCCAUAUUGGUUUUUCUGGAUCAUGAGGGUUAUGCAGACCAUUUUAAAAGCCUCUAUGACUUCUCUUUCUCUUUCCUCACCUCUUCCUUCUACAGCUUCUCUGAGGAGGAUGAGCUUGUGGCCUAUUUGGAGGCUUCAAGGAAGUGGGCCAAGAGGAGCUGCAUGACCUGGGCCCAUGCCCGGCUCUGCUUCCUCCUGGGCAGGCUGAGCAUCCGGAAGGUCAAGCUCUCUCAGGCCAGGGUGUACUUUGAGGAGGCCAUCCACAUUCUCAAUGGGGCUUUUGAGGACCUCUCCUUGGUGGCUGCUCUGUACAUCAAUUUGGCUGCCAUCUACCUGAGGCAGAGGCUGAGGCAUAAAGGCUCAACUCUGUUGGAAAAGGCAGGUACCCUGCUGGCCUGCCUGCCUGACCACGAGUUUAGUGCCAAGAUUGAGCUCGAUGUGGUGGCCUAUGUGCUGCGCCAGGGGAUUGUGGUGGGCAGCAGUCCCUUGGAGGCUAGGGCCUGCUUCCUAGCCAUACGAUUGCUCCUGAUCCUGGGUCGGCAUGAGGAAGUCCUGCCCUUUGCUGAGCGCCUGCAGCUCCUCUCUGGACACUCUCCAGCCUCAGACACUGCCUCCAGCAUCUUGAGUUUUCUGUAUGACAAGAAAUAUCUUCCCCAUCUUGCAGUGGCCUCUGUCCGGCAAUGUGGUGCCCAAAGUGUCCAAGGGGCAUCUCUUCCUAUCUGGCAGGUCCAUUUGGUCCUCCAGAAUGCCAAUAAACUCCUUGGAAUUCCCUCCCCAAGUUGGGGUGAAGUAUCUGUCCUGGCCUGCCCAACACUCAGGCAGGCAGUGGCUACCUGUGAGGAACAGGCAGACCAGAGGACCCAGAGGGCCCUGUGUCUCAUUCUGUCCAAAGUGUACCUCCAACACAGGUCUCCUGAUGGUGCCAUCCACUACCUGAGCCAAGCUUUUCUGCUAGGACAGCUGCUGAGUGAGCAGGAAGCCUUUGAGUCCUCCCUCUGCCUGGCAUGGGCCUAUCUCUUAGCCAGCCAGGCGAAGAAAGCUUUGGAUAUCCUCGAGCCACUGGUAUGCUCCCUGAAGGAGACAGAGAAUAUUACCCAAAGGGGAGUGGUCCAUAACCUCUUGGGACUUGCACUUCAAGGUGAAGGCCGGAUAAACAGGGCAGCCAAGAGCUAUCUCCGGGCCUUGAACAGAGCCCAGGAGACAGGGAAUGUGCGUAACCAGGCAGUGACUAUGGCCAAUCUUGGCCACCUGACUCUUAAGUCCUGGACUCAACAGCCAGCCAGGGACUAUCUCCUGCAGUCUGUGCGGCUCUAUUCUGAACUCCAGGCCAGCAAAGAGACAGACAUGGAAUUAGUACAGGUGCUUCUCUGGUUGGCCCAAGUUCUGGUGUCUGGAAGCCAGCUGACACAUGGCCGCCUUUGUUAUGAAAUGGCAUUGCUGUUUGGCUUAAGGCAUCAACACCUAAAGAGUCAGCUUCAGGUCACCAAAUCCCUCUGCCAUUUCUACAGCUCUGUGUCCCCAAAUCCUGAGGCAUGCAUCACCUACCAUGAACACUGGCUGGCCUUGGCUCAGGCACUCAAGGACCGGGAGAUGGAGGGGAGGCUGCUGGAGUCCCUUGGGCAGCUCUAUCGGAACCUGAACACGGCCAGGUCCCUCAGGAGGUCCCUGUCUUGUAUCAAGGAGAGCCUGCGAAUCUUCAUUGACCUGGGGGAGAGAGACAAGGCAGCUGAGGCCUGGCUGGGGGCUGGGCGACUCCACUACCUCCUGCAAGAAGAUGAGCUGGUGGAGUUGUACCUGCAGGCAGCCAUCCAGACAGCCCUGAAGUCAGAGGAGCCCUCCUUAGCUCUCAAGCUUUAUGAAGAAGCAGGUGAUGUGUUCUUCCAUGGGACCCGCCAUAGGCAUCGUGCAGUGGAGUAUUACCGGGCUGGGGCUGUUCCUUUAGCAAGGAGGAUGAAAGCACUGAGAACCGAGCUCCGGGUCUUCAAUAAACUGACAGAGUUGCAGAUCAGUCUGGAAGGCUAUGAGAAGGCUUUGGAAUUUGCCACUCUGGCUGCCAGACUCAGCACAGUCAUAGGAGAUCGGAGGUAUGAGCUGGUGGCCUUUCACCGUCUGGCUACAGUUUACUACUCUCUGCGCAUGUAUGAGAUGGCUGAGGACUGCUAUCUGAAGACGCUGUCCCUCUGCCCGCCAUGGCUGCAGAGUCCCAAGGAGGCCUUGUACUAUGCCAAAGUAUAUUACCGCCUGGGCCAACUCACCUUUUGCCAGCUGAAGGAUGCCCAUGAUGCCACUGAGUACUUCCUGCUGGCCCUGGCAGCAGCCGUCCUGCUGGGUGACGAGGAGCUGCAGGACACCAUCAGGAGCAGGUUGGAUAACAUCUGCCAGAGCCCCCUGUGGCACAGCAGCUCCUCUGGGUGCUCUUCAGAGAGGGCACGGUGGCUCAGUGGUGGGGGUCUAGCUCUGUGAGAAGAGCUGUCUCACCUCUGACCAGUUACUAUAGCCAGAUGGUGCCUACCUGCCCUUGGUUCUUAGAUGUUAAUUCUGAGGGUCUGAGUCAUCACCUGGUUCAACCUCCUCAGUUUACAAUAAGAAGAGUGAAGUCCUGAGGAAGAAGGCUCAUUCCACGAGCAGCUGCUGAUGAAGCGACGAUUAGAAGCGCUGGCGAGGGGCUUCGCAUCUAGAGCCUCUUUUACUUGACUGUGGCCCUUCAACACAUAUGGUGUCUGAAAUGCCCUUUCCUAACACAUGACUCUGGGGAAAAAUAAGAGAAACUCUGUCCCUGAAAAUCUCCCUUCCUUCCCCCGGUGAGGAAAUCAGGCACCAUGCUGGUGAUUGGAGCUUGUGCCCUUCACCGAUUUUCUCAGGAAAGAACCCUUUCCUUGCUGGGGUGGAAGGAACCCCUAACUUCUUUCUUUUAUUUCUUUAAAACCAAAGAAGAUGUCACUCCUCAUGGUCUUGAGGACUGACAGAAAUGAAUUCCCCAUUUUCUUGGUUCAAAAGGCACAGGUUCUGAAUGGCCAGGUGGAAUGCAGAGGGCACGAAAUCUGACGCCGAUUCACUAUCGCUCUCUACCAUCUGACCAUGCUCUCACAUAAUCUCCCAGAAACUUCUGGGAAGCUUUCCAAAGGCCAGGUUUGAAAAUUAGGUGUUAAGAAAAUUAUGACACAAAUUAUGUGUAAACAGUGCAUAUUAUUAAAUAUGGCCCAUUUAUAUUUACAUACACAGUUUGCUUCCUUUAUAAUAGGGAUAGAUGAAAUGGGACACUUGAAGGAUGAAUUAAAUACCAAGGCAUUUUACUAAUUUUAAGGUAGCUCCUGUUUUUUGUUUGUUUUUGAUUUU